AGAGAGAGUGUGUGUGUGUUAUUUCUGUGAUAUAACAAGUGAGGGAAUGUGUUACCUGUGUGCUUACAUAUACAUAAGUUGCCUACAUGGGAUUACAAAAGCCGUUUAAUGUUUUCAAAUAUCUUUCUAUUCGUUCUUUUCUUUCCUUUCAUUUUUCUCUUUCUGAUUGUAAUUAGUGUCUGAUACCCUGGUACACUGACGCACGGCAGGUCACAGGGGUCACAACUGGCACAGGUGUUCACAUUCUCAUGCACCCGACUGCAACACCUGAGAAACCUGUCUGCCAUGCUGAACAUGACUGGAAUGAACAGAAGAAGAAACAUCAAUGUCCAAGCCAGACUCAGCCACAACCACAACCUCAUCUGUUCCUUGCCUCCUUCUAAUCUUUUCAUCCAGUCGUCAGCAAUCUCACUGCCUGGGUCAUUCAUUAACCUGUAUCGACACUCUGUCAAGCAACUCAAACACGAGUCCUUCUGUUGGUGAACAGAGCUACACAACCGUCCUUCCUCCAUUCUGUGAAUGUCAAUCUACACUCCCCUUCCUCCACCCGGCACCCCACCGACCCUUCUCUCAAGACUCCAGGCAGCGGAUUGGCGUCCCCCUGUAAAGUACAGAAGGUAAGUAUUUGCUCCCUUCACUAACCCCCGAGCUCUGGUCUCCACAGGUGGAAGUCAAGCUGGCGACACCUGCACACAGGUGAGCUGAUCGACUACACGAAGUUUGUCUAGCGGGGACAAUCAGCUUCUGCUCACCUGUUCAUUGUUGUUUACCACGCACCUAGCAGGGACAAUCAGCUUCUGCUCACCUGUUCAUUGUUGUUUACCACGCACAGUCAUUGACACCUGGCGGCGGCGUCUGUCGUCGUCAUGGCUGCACGCGCCACCGCUGCUCGGCACCGCGACUAGGAGGUUCAGUGCUGGGUCAAAGACAUUCACCUCGCCAGUGAGGAGUUGAGGAUACGAUCGUGGAAUGGUAUUCCCGUAAAAAAAAAGUCUUUUAAAGAAAAAGAAAAUAAAACACAGGAAUGGCGGCGUCGGUACCGAGCAAGUCGGUGGCUGGAUGUAACUUUGUGGCGAAGGAUAAAAUUUGGAAGGACCACAUCCAUCACGAGACAACAGCUUCCAGAGCCUGGCCUGAGCUGUGGAGUUUCCUCACCACCAAUUACAACGAUCUCGUCAAAGACGACUUUCCAUGCAACGAUGAAGUCAGAUUACAUCGAGAAAAAGUUCGACAGGAGGCGACUUCACUGAUUCAGGUGCCGCCUUCCACACCAAUCGAAAAAUAUAUCAAGGUGUACCCAUCAACUCGCCCUUUUCCCAAGACAACAUCGCGAGAGAUCGGAUGGCGGUCGACUGAGAAGGAGCUGGCCCUUGAACGCUACGGGAAAUACGCGAAACCCAAAGGAGGGCUGGUCCGCCAGCUGAACUGGCCUCAGGAAGCCAUUGAAUGACCUGGGUCACGUGCACUUUCUCUGUAGUCAUGGCGUUUGCUUUUUGUCUUGCCAAGAGAUGGUCACUAGAUAGCAAAAUUCUUUCUUCUGUAUUUUUAAAAAUAUUUGUUUGUCUGCAUCAAGGCUUGCUCUGGUCUUUUUAACUCUUCAGAUUAUGUUUACAAUUAAAUCUUAGGUUUCUUUUCUAUUUUGUUUGCUAUAAAAGACUAUACAGUUUGUUUUACCGAAUAAAAAGUCUUGUGAUUGACUUUCGUGCCACUGUGACUAUACUGAAGGAAGAGACUGCACAGGGUCGUUGGCAGCAGGACCUGUGUAGAUAGUGCCGAGUGUCAGUAGUGUGUCAAAGAUGGUGAUACACACAGGUUCGCCUUGCACUGAACCCCACAAUACUGACAGCUAAUCCUUGCAGAGGACCUGCGAAAACACAUUCUGUUUCAAAAUGUAAAUGAAAGGUGGAAGCACAGCUGGCCUGCCAUUUCGUGCCGCUACACCUACGUCCUGUUUGGGGAAUAAUUAUGGGCACACUUACACACUUAGCGGAAACACUCACGAUGCUCAGCACAAAUGCUCAUGACGUUUAGCACAAAUGUGAGGCAGACGUGCAACAAACCGCCAAAAAAUAAAAAUGUGGUUUCGCCUCCAACAGCAGCCACUCUGACAUGUAGUGGCUUUUCGCUUAAUUACAGUUGAAGUAAGGCGCGCGAUACAACCUAUGUUCAGAAAAGAAAAGUGAUUUUAAGGCCCCUUCUUCUCACCCGCUCUCCUCCCUCCGCCAUCCAUUUCCCCCACUCCAUCUUUCCCUCUAUGCACAUUUUGAUAUGCCAGAGUUUAGUUCCUCUCAAAGCUUUGCCAAGCUCCUCUCAAGGUGUAGUGAGGAGGUGGUGUCUAAACAUUACUACAUUGUGUCUAUUGUGACUAUUUUUGUACGCCUGGUUUUAUGUAAUGAAGACGAACACUUUUUUUUUUUUUGUCUCGCUGAACACUUUAUCAUCGCUACAUACUGUGUUCGUGAGGUGUGUAUGCUCCAUUACAGCUUCUAACAUUGCGGUCCUGCUCCACUUUGGGUCACGUGACAGUCUGACCAUACGGAGUCCAACAAUUCAUAGCAUCCAUGUUCGUGAGACGCCAACCGUUGUCUGAGACAUUUUUAAACUGUAAAAAUCUGGCCGAACGCUUGACUGAGUUUCGCAAAGUUUUUACCUGAUGGUUAUUAAAAAACUUGGUCAAACAUCCGUCUGGGUUAGUCAGGGUUUGCCUGUCGUCAGCAAUGGCCUGUGAUGCGCUCACCCGCAUACAUCUACCCGCUCACGCACACACGUGUGCGCAUAUUUAUGCUCACGCACGCACGCAGUAGAGGGCGAACAAAACGAGGGUGAGGUGAGGGUGUGAGGAGAGAGAGAGAACAGGGAGGGAAUGUGCAUGGGCGGAUACAUGGAGGAGGCGCAUGCGUAUUCACACCUGCAUAGAGUUAGGUUAACUGCGCUCGCAGUAAAAAAAAUAAAAAAUUAAGGCGCAAUGUUGCCGACAUGCUGCCGGCAGUACGAGGCAGCUCUUGAGGUUGUGUUAAAGUGUGUCGUUUUAUGUCUGUCAAUGAUGUGAAUAUGUUAACCAAGAUUGACAUCGCUCCGGGUGCAAAGAUAAAAUCAUGCGUACUUCACCCGGAUCACCCCCACCAACACCCCUCCUACAUCACAUUGUUUUCUACUUCAUUUUUUUCUUCUCCUCGCUUCUCGGGCUUGCCGAGACAUGACGAGAUUUAAAUACAGUUUUGACCCGCAGGUGAGUAGCGGUCCUCCCUCUCCCUCCAUGUGUGUCGCAGUGGUCUGGGCGGCCAUGUGGCAGCACCGCGGUCUGGCAGCUCGCUUUUUUCCUCCUUGAUGAAACUGUUUAUUGCUUCACCGAUACUGAGGUGUUUGAGCAGAUGUGAACACGAUGCUCGGCUUCACCAGGCUCCUCUAUCAGUCGGGCUCUGCUAUCUGCUAUCUCUCUCCCUUCUCUCUCUCCCUCCAUUCUGCUGACCAUCCAUUUUCAGUUUGUUAUACCUGAAUGUUUCACCUGCUCUAUUGCCUCCACCUUCUGCUAAGGUUUUGAGAGUGUGUGACUGAGUGAAAAAAAGUUGUGGAUGAAUGAGCAGUGGUGUUGACCUUUCCUCCCCAUUCCCACCCCACCCACUCACACACCUAUCCACCCGUUUCUUGAAAAUUCCUCACCUGAACUGUGACACCCGAUAAUCAAAUGAUCUUUCUACUUGAUGACAACCUUUUGCCUUGAUGUCCUUUCUUGAAACCUUCUCGCAAGAACUCUCCCUCCCCCAGGCAGGGGAAGCUACUCCUUUACAGACGGGAGACAACUUUGUUGAUUUUCUCAUGCGAUGGCCAAAAGUGAUUGUUACCAUCACUGGACCAGGUUUGCUUGUUUUGCCUGGAUUCCGUGCAUGCUUCUGUGAGUGUGUUUGCGCGCGCGCGAGUGAAGGAAAGAGCUAAGAAGGAGAGAGUGUGUUAAUAAGAUGUCAGAGGUUUCUUUACAUCCCUCCAUAUUUCAGCACGUGCGACAUAUCCUUAUCUGAGGGCGGGGACACCCACAGUACACAAACUGCCGCGGUCUGUCAUUAAAACCUGCUGUGGGUGUGUCCGCGACCCCUGCCUGCAUCACCUUGCGAUGCCCUGCGAAGAUGCUUCUGCCGGAGAUAAUUUGCAGACUCGUAAACUUCUGCCACCCGGCGCAAGUGUCAUGUAGACAUACAGCGAGUCUGACAAGGACUGGCUGACCUGACAUCAUGAGUGAGUGACUAGCAGGCUGGGGUGGCAGGCAGGGUACCUCGCUAACCUCUAGGUCUAACCGCAGUUUAAAUGCUUGUAAAAUAUCUGGCACAGCUCUGCUACUGUUUGAUGGCGUGGGGGUGCCCCCUUGGUCUUCUAUGCUCACCGCUACACCCGCGCACAGACACUCACAAAUGACUAAUGUUUUGUAUCGUUCAAAAAGUUUUUUUUUUCUUUUUUUUUCUGUUUUGCCAGUCGUAUUUGAGUGCAGCGGCCCCGCCUUCACUCGCGGCCUAGUGUCUGGACAUGGCGACACUGUGCAGCUGAUGGCCGUCGCGCCAAACAAAAGACUUCUGUCCAUCCGGUAGACAGUCGAUUAGGUCACCCGACUGUUCUUUUGCCCUCAGACUGUAGCCCCAUCCUCGUGCCCACCCGCUGCACCCGCUGCCCACCCGCUGCCCACCCCCGACAGACGAUGACGCGGACGAGAAAUAACGCCGCGCUGUGUAGCCUCGGUGGCGCAGGGGUAUAGCGGUGCGCGACACCCGUUGUUCCUCGCGCGUGCUCCUGCAUGACUUUGCUCGCGUGCGCACGCGUGCGAGAAACAGACAGAGCCCCUAUUACAACAUCCCCUAGCUUGGAACCUUGUGCUUGUUAUUUUAAUACGAUAAGAAAAUUAGAAUUUAGCGAAACGUUUUUUUUUAUUAUACACAGACUUAAUGGUUCGUAUACACUUGCUACCCGGUCAUUAGGAAGGGUAUGAGGGCAGGGUGGUUCGAGAUUCCUUUAGUGGAGAUGGCUGCUGUUACAUACAUGACAUCUAGAAGGCGCCAGGCAGGAAAAAAGAAAUGGUUGGCAGGGACGAGACAUGGCAGUGGGGUAGAGUGUAGGGACAGAGAUGCGGGUACUGAGGAAACAUGCAGGACAGGGAGGAACGUGAAGAAAGUAUGGUACAGCUGACCUCACUGCCUGAGUCGUGACCUGUGUCCAAGCCUCAGACUAGUGCAGAGAUAUUUUAGACUGGACUGCACAGAAUUGAUGUGUGCUGUCUGUGACAACACCAUCGCUCCCUCCUUCUGUCAAACAUUUAAUUAGUUUGAUUGACAAAAAGCUAAAUAUGCAGCAGUGAUACUGGCAUACCUUAACUUACCUGUCAGCAGUAUUAGCGUGACAUAGCUAAUAGCUAAAGCUAGAUAAUAAGCUAAAUUUAAUUAUGCCCAUUGUGAACAAGCAGCUUUAUCUCGCUUUCAUAUGUUCGUCGCUCUCUCCUGCCUCGUGUCAUUAUCUGAGAACAAAGCAGUGUUGUUGCGGUGGCUGUUACUGCUUGACUAGCCUUGGCUGACUGUAGCCAUCAUGUUGAUAAUAUUUACAACAUUCACCUCCGGGUCAGGAGCGCACGUGUGUAUUUGUUAGCUACGAGUUGCUAACCGGGGUGCACGGGUGGUUUUCCGUGCAUACAAUGUCCAUAAACUACACAGGACCAGCGGGCUGCAUGGAGCUGUAGCAAGGACUGGACUCCAACAUGCAAGCCUCGCCUGGCAUCUUAAUUUCUCAGCAUUACAAAUACAAAACCAACUGUAAUUUUGUGUUAAUAAGCAGUAUUAACUGAUGCACCUUCUAAAAUGGAAUGAAUGUAAUUUAAACCAGCUGAGCUGUGGCUUGUCAUCCAUGACACCAUCUCUAGUGGAGCGUGAACUUUAUCACAUUCCCCUCUCUCAGUUUUCUUUUUUGUUUUUUUUCACGGCCACCCCUAUACAAUAAAAACAAAAUAUAAGAUAAAUAAUCCUGUUUCAGCACACAAAUGUCAAGACUAAUGUCAGCAGGUUACAAUGUUGCCUUGUACACACCCCGCACUGCCCUCCACCAUACAGUAUUAUACAUGUUUAUGUACCAGUAGUUGUUUUUGUCAUGUUCGAAACCAGAUGAUUACUGUAAAAUCGAAUAAAGUAUUUUUAAUUAAAACUGA